AUGUGCUUGGAGACAGCUCUGAAUGCCUUCAAACCGCGGACCAUUUCCCUUCUCGCCAUAGUGGUUACAAUUUCGACCGUGAAUUGUAGACCAGUCGAAGAAACACCAUCAGAGGGAGAACCUUUAUCCGUCGCCGAUGGCUAUAUUCACUACUCUGUCGCAAAUGAUUCGAGGUUACGGGAGAUAUCGCGGAAGGCGUUCGAAUCGCUGAUCAGCGAACCCGUUGUGAAGCAGGACUACUCCUCACAAGAAAUUAUUUUUCGACCACAUUCUCAAAUCACAGAGGACCCUGAAAAUCCUGAUCUGACUUUGAAAAAACACAAAAAGCCAGGUACUUCUUGUAACCUUAUUUAUUUUCUUUAG